UCCCUUUUUGUGCCACCUCUUUUCUCUUUUUCAAUAUACCAAUACCUCGCAAGUUUAAUUAUUUUUUCCUCUUUGUUGACUGGAAUAAUUUCCUCAAUACGUUCGAUUUUUGCUUGGUCUAUGGAUCUAGUAUUGAGAAUUGGUACAAUGAUGUUCUCCGAGGAUGCUGCUUUUCCUAAGUUGUUUACUUGGCUUUAUCUGGACGAGAAUUGCUCUGGGUUUCGCGUCAACUUAUGUUUGAACUCUCUUGAGUGAAAAACCAAUCCGGGUUGGUAUGUUUGUUGGAAUCUAAGUGGAGGACGUUUCUGGGUUUCUCUGUUUUUUCACGCUUCUACUUGUUUGGGAUUAAAAAAAAAAAAAGUUGAUGGCUACGUUUCUUUUGUUAGGAUUAUAUUCCUUUUCACAUCCCCUUUGAGGAACAUAAUGUGAUUUUGUAAUUUUUUUUUCUCCCCUGAAGUUUAUUUGUUGUCUGGGUUAAAGAAUGUUCAGGCCUUUGCAUCGAGGUAUAUCCGGGGUACGGAUCUCCGGUGGCAGCAAUAAUUUUAGUGAUUCUCAAAUGAUAGAUAGAACAGAGAAAGAAGAUUUGGAUAGAAGAGGUUCGUCUGAUCAGGGCUCAUUUUCGAUGAGGAUGCCUCUUCGGGUAGUUUUCCCAGAUAAUAAUUCUCCUUCCAAAUAUGGGAAUAGUGAAAAUGGAUUUUCAUCGGAUUCCCUAAUUUCCAACACUCCUAGAAACAGACACAAAUUGACAUUGCUACUCCUGAAGUUGAGUCUUGCAUUGGUUAUAGUCAUUGCUCUUUUUGGAUCAUUUUGGUGGACAAUAUCCAUUUCAACAUCUUCAAGGGGUCACAUAUCUCUUGGUUAUAGGCGACUCCAAGAACAACUUGUUUCGGACCUGUGGGAUAUUGGAGAGCUCUCUCUUGGUUCUUCAAGGUCGAAAGACAUGGAAUUCUGUCCUCAGGAGUUUGAAAAUUAUGUUCCCUGCUUCAAUGUGUCGGAGAACCUCGAAUCAGGUUUAUCUGAUGGGCAUGAGUAUGACGGGAAUUGCCCACGUGGGAUGAGGCAAAAUUGUUUAGUUCUUCCACCCGCAAACUACAAGAUUCCUCUCAGGUGGCCCACUGGAAAAGAUGUAAUCUGGUUGGCAAAUGUGAAAAUUACAGCACAGGAAGUACUUUCUUCUGGAAGCUUCACCAAGAGGAUGAUGAUGUUGGAAGAAGAGCAGAUUUCUUUUCGGUCAGCCUCACCCAUGUUUGAUAGCGUUGAAGACUAUUCACAUCAAAUUGCAGAAAUGAUAGGUCUGAGAAAUGAAUCUAACUUGGUUAAAUCUGGGGUAAGAACCAUCCUGGAUGUGGGUUGUGGUUACGGUAGCUUUGGAGCACAUCUCUUUUCUAAACAGCUAUUAACUAUGUGCAUUGCAAAUUAUGAGGCUUCAGGCAGUCAAGUUCAGCUGACUCUUGAAAGGGGUCUUCCCGCAAUGAUUGGAUCCCUUACUUCAAAACAACUGCCUUAUCCGUCUCUCUCCUUUGAUAUGCUGCAUUGUGCACGAUGUGGCAUUGAUUGGGAUCAAAAAGAUGGUAUACUCCUGAUUGAAGCUGAUAGAGUUAUAAAGCCAGGUGGAUAUUUUGUCUGGACAUCACCACUUACUAAUGCUCAGACAUUCCUUCGAAACAAAGAGAAUCAGAAAAGGUGGAACUUUGUCCGUGAUUUUGCAGAACAUCUCUGCUGGGAGUUGUUGCAACAGCAAGAUGAAACUGUUGUGUGGAAGAAGACGAGUACAAAGAAGUGCUAUAGUGCACAGAAGCCUGGUUCCGGGCCUCCUCUAUGCAGCAAGGGUCACGAUGUUGAAUCUCCUUAUAAUCGACCACUUCAAAGCUGUAUUGGAGGAACACAAAGCCGCAGAUGGAUUCCUAUUGAACAGAGGAGCUCGUGGCCUUCUAGGGCUAAUCUGAACAAGAAUGAACUUGCGAUAUAUGGGUUGCAUCCAGAAGAACUUUCUGAAGAUGAUGUAAAUUGGAAAAUUGCGGUCAAUAAUUAUUGGUCACUUCUGUCACCAUUAAUAUUUUCGGAUCAUCCAAAGAGGCCUGGUGAUGAGGACCCAUCACCACCUUAUAACAUGCUUAGAAAUGUGCUGGACAUGAAUGCUCAUUUUGGUGGGUUUAAUUCUGCACUCCUGAGAUCUAAAAAGUCUGUGUGGGUCAUGAAUGUCGUUCCAACAAGUGGACCUAACUAUCUUCCCCUGAUCCUUGACCGUGGUUUUGUUGGCGUUUUGCACGAUUGGUGUGAAGCUUUUCCAACAUAUCCAAGAACAUACGAUCUAGUGCAUGCUGAAGGACUUCUUUCUCUUGAAACUAGUCAACAACGAAGAUGUACCAUGCUUGACCUAUUCACUGAGAUCGAUCGCAUACUUCGUCCGGAGGGUUGGGUGAUCAUCCGCGACAGAGCUCCUCUUAUUGAAUCAGCGAGAGCGCUGACGACACUGCUGAAGUGGGAUGCCCGAGUUAUAGAAAUGGAGAGUAACAGUGAUGAGAGGCUCCUUAUCUGCCAGAAGCCUUUCUUCAAGAGACAAGCAAACUAGUUUUUUUGAGUUUUCAAAGAUAGCCCAAGAAAGUUAAGUUCACAGUAUUCAUAUUCAUUUACUGAUUGUUAAUUUAUCAUCAUAAAAGCUUCGCCAAAGAAUGGGGGGAAUCGAAAUUUUGAACAGAAGAAACGUAAAAAACCGGAGUAUGAUCGACCACAACUCCUAUGGAGCCGUAAGGCGUUCAUAGGGCAUUGUAAUUAUGCAAAAUUGAGGCGCAGAGCAGGUGAGAAGUAUAGGAUUAGUUUUGAUUUUCCAUGUGAUGUCUCAUUAUACCUAUACGACCAAAUCAUUAAGAUUGUGAAGAUGUUACAAAAGAAUAAGCAAGUGCUGUUUGCUUUUAGUGUAUAAAAUGCUUGGCAUUUCAUUUAAAGUAAAUGAAAAAAAAAAUAAUAAUAAUAAUAGAACAUAUAUUUUUUUCUUCAGGCA